AUGGAGAUGGCCGAUGAACCAGAAAUUGGAUAUGUCGGGGAUCGUCUUUCUCCAUCCGGUGGCUUUCUGGAUCCCGAAAUCCCCUUUUCAUCAGUUCACGCCCUUCUCCCGAGCAACUCGCACGUCGAUUUCACCGCGUUUGACAUUUUCAGUUUCGAGAGCAGAAAAUUACCGCCCACGUGGAGAAUGGAUACGUCCUCAUCCACAGACAGUCUGUCCGACAAUUCCGCUCCGAUGCUAAUCACGGAGGAUAACGGCAUCCCAUCGAUGCUUGAAGCCACUCGGUCUCAAGAGGACCGGCUUUGCCAGAACCCCCAAGGGUGCUGCAUCAGCGUUGCUACAGGGAUCCUCAGCUCCAUGCACGUCGAGUCAAGCUCGUGCACUCAUGCCCAGGGUAGUGGUCGCCAUCCUCAACUAUCGCGUGCAGCUGACGCUAUCCUGUCCAUGAACCAGGCUGCCUUGCGGGCGGUCGUCUCCGUAGUCCAAUGUUCGUGCUACAGAAGGCCGCAGGUGCUCCUCAUUGUCACCGUCAUCUGCUCUGAGAUUACUGCUUGUGUACAAGCCAGAAUGGUUACAUUUCUUCGUACACAGUUACGCGCGCUUACUUCUGCGCUGGACAACUCAGAAAGCGACUCGGCCACAGUUCAUGUAUAG